AUGCAAGUAUUGCCACCAGCAGAGAGAGUUUUACAUUUUUAAGAGACCAAGAGUUGGUUCAAUUCUAGACAUCCAUCUAAAGUGAAGGAGAAGUAUCUGAAGACAGAGAAGGAAUUAUUUGAUGAUAAAAUUGUUACAGAAACCUUCCAUUUGAUUGAUAGAGAUCACUCAAAUACGAUUGAGAUGGAUGAAUUAUAUUCCAUGUUGAAGAAAAACAAUUAUCCAGUGAAUUUGAGGCUUUUGAAGGAAUUUUUCGAAAUGACUGAUCGUGAUGGGAAUAAAUGCAUUGAUUUGGAUGAGUUCAAGUAGGUUAUUAAGGACGAAAGAACUUCAUCAACAUUUAGGACAUUGAUGAGGAAGAUGAGAGAAAUAGGAGACGAGAACUAUUAUUCAACAGACUUCGUAAAUUUACUGAGAUACUUGUCUUAUUGUGCCAAUCGAACUGAUCUGAUAUGGCAAAUAAAAAAUACGCGUCUAUCAUUCGAAUAAAGAUCUGUGUUAGUAUCAGAGUUGUUUAAGGUGAAUCAAUAAUUUACAAAGGUGUCAAAUCCAAAGGAGGAACAAACAAGUACAUUGAGACCUUUUAUGAAGAAGAAGGGUCAAAGUGAAAUCAAAUACCUUACUCCAAUAAAGAAAAAGCCUCAUCUAUUAACCAAUAUGUCCACCAAAACCAGGAUCAGCACCAGCAAUCAAAAUUCAAUAUUAUCUUUCGAUAUAAAAAGUAUUUCAUCGCCAAGAUUGUCUCCUCUAAAGACAGAUAGAGUUUUAUUCAAAAAGAAAGUGAGUAUCACCCUUACUCCAUCCACUAAAUCCACUUUGAUUUUGACAAAAUCUGUCAAAAAGAUUAAGAAUAAUAAGUUUUGA